CUAUUCAGAUUGUAUGCCAUCUAUAACCUUGAAUGCUGAAGGUCGUUAUAUCAAAAGCUUAGUAAUACACUAAGACUCCAGUACCGACAUCCUAAGGUCCGUGCACAUAUAUAUAUUUCCCCAGACUUCACGAUUUUACCCCUCCGACCCCUCCAUUUGCUAUUCUCAUCCUCAAUUCCUCCAAUUCAAUAUGUCAACCAAUUCUACCACAUCCGAUAUGUCACCUAUCAAAGAAUUUACCCUCAUUGUCGCCGCGACUAAUAAGAUGGGAGUUGGGAAAGGUGGUGGACUUCCAUGGACGGGAUUGAGAAAGGAAAUGGCUUAUUUUGCGAGGGUUACUAAGAGGGCUGGUCCUGGGGUAUGUUUUGUCUGUUUCUAUUGAUAAUUUGUUCUACCUGUUUAGUUUCAAUGUUUACCCUUCAUGAACUGCCCAGCGCGGACUCUCUGUGUAGUUUACAUUGAAACGAGCAGUUGGUCCUGGUUGGGAUGACACCUCAAUUUAACAUUCCGUUUAAGGUUGUUUGAGGAUGAAGCAAAUGCGGGGUUCAAGUUGUUUUCCUAUAUGUCUUUAUUCAGGAGGACUUUAGAGGUGGGAUGGUUCGGGAGAUGGUAGGAAAAUUACAUAAACUGAUCAAGAGGAAUCUUUGAACAGAAAACCAAUGCAGUAGUAAUGGGGCGCAAAACCUGGGAAUCAAUACCUCCUAAAUUCCGUCCCCUCACAAACCGAGCAAAUUAUAUGAUUAGUCGCACACAACCUUCCAAUCCUUCGGAGGUCGACCUCGGUCCCGAUGCACAUUCAGCAACAAGUUUGACAGAUGCACUCAAGAAAUUAGGAUCGAGGGCACAAUCAAAUACGAAUCAUGAGGAUGAAAAAGAAAUUGAUAGAGUUUUCAUAAUUGGUGGAGGACAAAUAUAUAAAGCAUCAUUGGAGUUGAAGGAAGCAAAAAGAAUAUUAUUGACGAGGAUUUUGGAAGAUUUUGAAUGUGAUACUUAUUUUCCUGUUGAGUUGAAGGAGGAUGGAACCGGGCAGGGAUGGAGAAGAACGGAUACUCAAACGCUUCGCGAAUGGACUGGAGAAGGAGAAGAAGUUGAGGGUAUCAAGGAGGAGGCUGGCGUGAAAUAUAUAUUUGAGAUGUGGGAAAAGAUUGAGGAAUCAUAAAAGGAAGGCAGUAAUGGCAAGGAUGAGCCACACAUUCAAGAUGUGGGAGGCAGAGCAGAAACUGAAAGCACAACACGCUCCUCCGAUGAGGAUACUUCACAUCCGAUCAGCUGCACAAUGACCAUCAAAUGUCCAUACCAACUCCUCUCAACUCUUUACGCUAAUAUUUACAUCUAAAUACUCUACUCUCUCUACUACGGGUUCAAUAUUUUGGUACAACCGAAUCUUUCACGUGGGCCAGCUUCUCUCUCACGCUCGAAAUACAUGCACCACCGGAAGAUACCUACUAUUUAGCUCUCCUCGCGUCCUACAUAUACCCAUAACCAACUAAUUCCGCUCUUGUUCUCUGGUAUGCUUCUUUCACAAAUAUAGAGGACCACGCAACCUGUUGUAAACGGAAAAUCGUGGGUACACGAUUCCUAAUUUUAUUCAUCCCAGACAAGCGGGGUAUAGUGUAAGUGGAUCAAUACGGGUCAUUCUUUUUAACAUUACAUAAUAUUCAUAUAAUAUUUUUAUAAUAUCAAAGUCCAUUUAUGUUGUCAGUAAAAUGGAAGAUGUUACUUGUGAGGGUUAUGAGGCAAUAUUUUGGGAGAUGGGCUCAGAUAUAUCUCUAAAUUAAAUCC